AUGUUCCUGGUUUUUCAGGUACCGAAAGAACCAGCAAAAUGGAGAGGCGUGAUGAAUGCAACUCAAUUCAGUGCAUUAUGUGUUCAACGAAUGGACUCUUUGGCUACUGAUCCAGAGAGACAUGCUGCUCACUUUUCCGAAGAUUGCUUAUAUUUGAACGUUUUCUCGCCAACACCCUACCAGUACACCAACGACACUUAUCCAGUCGUGGUGUUCAUACAUGGAGGCGACUUCCAGUCUGGAGGAGGUAGCGACUACUCACAGCAAGCGAUUCUUGACAAUUUUGUCUCGCGGAAAAUUAUUUUCGUUACUUUCAACUACAGACUCGGACCACUCGGAUUUCUGUCUACUGGUGACAAAAUUCUACCAGGAAACGUCGGACUUUGGGACCAGAUAUGGGCGCUAAAAUGGGUCAAGCUCAAUGCUGAAGUGUUCGGAGGGGACCCUUCAAACAUACUUCUAAUGGGUUCGGGAAGCGGAGCAGCGUGCGCCUCAAUUUUGGCGCUAUCACCGAGAGCUGAAGGACUCUUUCACAAAGUCUUGCUGAUGUCUGGAACAGCACUGCAGCCUGGAGUUGUUCGCGAUACAGCUAUAAAUGCAACAUGGGCUCUCAAUGAGAAAAUGCAGUGCAGAUCCUUCAAUUCUUCCGAGCUCUUGGAUUGCUUCAGAAAAAGAAUGAGAGAAGAGAUUCUCGAUUAUAAGAGAUUGCAUUGGGACGAUUAUCAGGAGUUCGUUCCUGUUGUCGACGGACCUGGUGGGGUAAUACCAGACGUGCCUGAAGAUUUGGCUCAGCACAGAAGAAAAAUGCCGAUGAUGAUUGGAACAACGCGUGAUGAAAGUUCUCUACGAAUAUUGAUACUGAACGAGAAGAACGUCAACUUUAGCGCGUUGAACAGUCCAAUGGCCGAAAAGCUGGCGGACAAUCUCACCUUAGGCUACAAACAAUUUCAAAAUCAUCGUCUUAUUGCGGAAGGCUGUAAAGCUCAGUAUGUAUGGACGAAAGUGGAUCCAUCCAUGUCCGGCAAUAUUUUGUUUGAUUCAGUACUAAAGAUGUACUCCCAUUUCUGGUAUGAUGCACCUGCUUCUCGAUUAGCUACCUAUUACGUCAAACAAAAUGCACCAGUCUUCCUCUACUCCUUUGAUCACGUUAGCGAAAACUUCUAUGAUCUUGACCGAGCAUUUCACGGUGCUGACAAGCUACACUUAUUCAAUAUCACUCCUCGUUUUCUUAUUAGGCGUCGAGAUAGGAACUGGCAGCUCGAUCAAAGAGUUGUCGAAAUUUUUGCCGACUUAAUCGUAAACUUUGCACGACACGGGCAUUUCGGCACCCAGUUUCACCCACUUCAGCUACGGGUCGAACUCCGUAUUUCGCCUACAGGUGUUUCCCGGGUCAACGAAGUUGACUUGACAGUAUCGCAUAGAUGGAAGCAGUUGAGUCAUCCAACACCUGAAAAUUCCGGAUUUCCCUUCAACUGGACGUCGACAAACGCGCAGGAACUGAAUUAUUUGUCUAUUACGGAUAGCCCUACAAUGGAAGUUGGCUUCCGUUGGCAAGGCCACGUAUUCUGGAACUGGUACGCUCGUUCAUUAGACGCCGUUGAUGUGGGCAAUUUGCAGCGGAUUGCUCAACUCGACAGAGAUGUUGGAAAUUGGCAGUUUGCCACUGCGAUGCUGUCGUUCUGUUCACUGUUUUUCUUCGCAAUCCUUGUUGGUCUAGCUUGUUACUGUACACGAAAGGAAUCUGAUGACGACGAGCUGUAA